GCGUCCCGUAGCGCCGGCGAAUUUGUUCCGACGGAGCUCGGGGAGUCGUCCCCGUCGCCACCUCCUUGGCUCCACUCGCGCCGCCAGAAUCUCUGCCGCCCGCUCGAAUUUCGUCGCAGCAGCAUCUCUUUUCUCCUCCUCUGCCCAUCGAUUCCGGCGAGCUUCGUCGUCAUCCUCCCCCUUCUCUCUCUCUCUCUCUCUCUCUCUCUCUCUCCCCCAUGGCGUCCCUGACCUUCUACCCCUCUCGAUCCGCCGCGAAGCCCGCCGAUCGCGCGCCCGACUCCGGUCCUCGCGCGGCCCUGCUCAAGCUCUCGGUCCCGCGCGACUUCAAGCUCCGGCGCGCGACGGCGGCGACUCGCGGAAGGACGGCGAUCGUCAGGAGCUGCCAGGGAGCGCAGACUUUAGUUGAUAACGGCAGUCAACGAGCGUCCGACGUGCCGCUCCUGACUUUCUCGGAGGCCGUCGAGAGGCUGCAGGCGAAGCGGCGGGGAUGGAAAGGGAAGCAGCAGUAUCUCGCCAUGUACUCGAGCGUCUUCGGCGGCAUCGUGACGGAUCCGGCGGCCAUGGUCAUCCCCAUGGACGACCACAUGGUUCACAGGGGGCACGGCGUCUUCGACACCGCCGCGAUAACGGAUGGACAUCUCUACGAGCUCGACCAGCACCUCGAUCGCAUCGUAAGAUCGGCAUCCAUGGCCAAGAUCAGUCUUCCGUUCGAUCGAGAAAGCAUCAAGAGAAUCCUCAUCCGAACCGUGAGCGCUUCUAAGUGUCGAAAAGGGUCUCUGAGGUACUGGCUUUCAGCCGGCCCCGGUGAUUUCCAGCUUUCUCCUUCCGGUUGUGCCGAACCCGCUUUGUACGCAAUUGUGAUUCAGGAUCAGUCGCCAUUUGAUUCGAGCGGCAUCAAAGUCGUUACUUCGUCGGUUCCGAUAAAGCCUCCUCAGUUCGCCACCAUGAAAAGCGUGAACUACCUCCCGAACGUGCUGUCGAAGAUGGAAGCCGAAGAAAACGGCGCUUACGCCGCCAUAUGGUUAGAUAACGAAGGAUUCAUCGCCGAAGGGCCGAACAUGAACGUGGCGUUCGUCACGAAGAAGGAACUUGUGAUGCCGCAUUUCGACAAAAUCCUCAGCGGGUGCACCGCGAAAAGGGUCCUGACCAUUGCUGAGGCGCUGGUGAACGAGGGCAAACUUCAGGGGAUCAAGCUAGGGAACGCGACGGUAGAGGAAGGAAAAGCAGCAGAAGAGAUGAUGCUCAUCGGCAGCGGAGUUCUCGUCCGCUCCGUCGUCCAGUGGGACGAGCAGGUGAUCGGCAACGGUAAAGAAGGUCCCGUGACUCAGUUUCUCUUGAAUGCCAUCAUCGAGGACAUGAAAUCAGGACCCUCGACAGUCCGUACUCCCGUCCCGUACUGAGUGCCGAGCCGGGCUGAGCCGAGCCGAGAUGACUUCUCUCGACGCCAUAUCGUACAAUUUGAAUGUACAGCUACGCACAUCCGUUGGUCUUGUAAAAGGGUAUGCUCAUCCUCGUCGAUAAAAUGUUGGCCUCGAAUGUAUUAUCACUAAGCAACUUCAAAAACGCUGUGAACCAGCGAGCGUUUCUGCCAUUGCCUCUCUGUUACACCUUCUUGCGUGAAUAAGCAGGCAAAUAUUCGAAUC